GUUCAUUAGUCGACUCCGUCGCCAAACUGCCUUUUGACUCUCAAGACGCCCUGCAGGCUACUUACGCUGUGUGAUUUCGGUCAGCUUGGCAGAACCGGGCUAGUAGAGGGCCUGAGGGAUCCAUUACCCACCGAGUUCUCCAAGUCUGGGAAAAGGCCACCCAGGUUCUCCGCUACACUGGACAGUCGAAUCACUGAGUCACUGUCGAUUACAACACUCCCCUGCCUAUCCGCAGCUUCGUCUUCGAAUCGGACUCGCUCCUAGUCGACUCGUUGCCACCGCUCCGUGGCGUGAAUAGCGAAUCCAUUUCCCGCCAGUCCUAGCCAACCGUUCCGUCUUCGCAAUUUUCGUUUUCGUGGAUUAGCCACGCGACCACCGCCAACGCAAUCGCUCUACGAUAACUCGACUCGAUCCCCAUUCUAAAAGCUCGGAGCGAUGUCUGCUGCAGCAAUGUCGAAAAAGAACAAGGGGAAGAAGGUCGCAGACCCCAAUGAGACAUCCAAGCUCUUGGCUGCCAAAAUAUCGCAGUUGGAGCAAGAUGCCGCUGGAGAAAAGGAUCAGGAGGCCGAAAUCGAGCGCGAAGUCAAGAAGGCUACGAGGGACCUGAACCAACUCCUUAGCAAUAUCGAAUCUCCGAUGACACGGCUCGAGACGGUUCAUAAGAAAUACACCGAACUACUGGCCGAUAUGAAGAAGCUAGAUCGCGACUACUCCAAAAGCAAGAAGCGGGCCGAUCAACUGCAGAAAGAUCAGGACAAGGGCAAAUCCGAGUUGAACAAAACCGUUACUAUGAAGGAUAAAUUAGAAAAGCUGUGUAGGGAGCUUACCAAGGAAAAUAAGAAGGUCAAGGAUGAGAACAAGAAGCUUGAGGAGACUGAAAAGAAAGCGCGGCUUAUUGUCAACGAACGCCUCGAUUCUCUGCUAUAUGAUAUUCAAGACGUCAUGGCCGCCAAAGGAAAUCCCCGCAGUGAGAAAGCGGACAUUGACCUAGACGAAGCUUUGCGCGCAAAGAUUAAAACUAUUGGCGAGAAGUUUGAAAUGCGCGAAUUACAUUACAAGGCACUCCUUCGCAGCAAGGAUGCCGAGAUACAAUGCCUUACCGCCAAGUACGAAGAGCAGCGCCGUACAGCCGAGAAUGAAGCCGCUCGUUGUCGUGCUCUGAGCUCCCAGGUCUCUACCUUCUCGCAUACCGAAGCCGAACUACGCAGUCAAUUAAACAUUUACGUGGAAAAGUUCAAGCAGGUGGAGGAUACGCUGAACAACAGCAACGAGCUUUUUCUUACGUUUCGCAAAGAAAUGGAAGAGAUGUCCAAAAAGACGAAACGGCUAGAGAAGGAAAACCACACCCUCACACGGAAGCACGAUCAAACGAACCGCAACAUACUCGAGAUGGCGGAGGAGCGCACAAGGAAUCAUGAGGAGUUAGAAAAGUGGCGCAAGAAAAGCCAUCAUUUGGAAGCACUCUGUCGUCGCAUGCAAGCCCAGGGUCGCGGGCAAGGUCUUGCUGCGGAUUUGGAUGGAGAUGACGAGGGGACGGAGAGUGAAUAUGAUGAGGACUAUGAGGAUGAGGAAGAUGAUGAAGGAAUCAGUGACGAUGACUACGAGCUUGACAGUCCGGAUGGCGACAUGAACGGAGACCGCAAUAUUCCCCAGCAACCCGAAAAGCCAGUAUUCGGACCUCCUCCGCCCCCGAAUUUGCUGGAAGCGCGAGCCAACGGAAAUAAGGCAAUGAUCAAUGGAUGCCACUAAUGCAAUUUUCAUCAAUGUCAUGUUUUCGUUGUUCAUGUUUCCUUGGGCUUGUGACCAACAACGAUUGCGAAGUCUUCGCCAUUUGCGCUGGCAAUGCCGCAAUCGUCUCGGGUGUUCUUUACUUCUCUGUUCAGCUGCGUGGUAGUUGGCCUUGAUGAGUUGAAAAUAUGCUUCCCUGAGAGCGUGCACUGACAAUUGCGCAGUGUGACGCUGGUCGCUCGGGGUCUCUCCUGUCUCCGUGUGCAGAUCUUGUAGCGGUUCGGCUCUUUAA